UCUGCAUAGUAUUAACUGUUUCAUCACCUGUCUCUUCAGUCCUCUCUUCUUCAUCUUCCAAGAAAAAGAAGAAAGAAAAAACCCCAUCAUCACCAUGCCAAAUCACACACAGUACUCACUCCUGCUGCCGCUCGCUGCCGUACUGACGCUGGUCUCCGUCGCCAGCGCCGCCGGGGCAGUGAGCACUUAUGACUUCCAAAAAAUCACGAGAGAAGAGAGAAAUUACAGGCAAAAAAAAGUAAUUGACAUUUCCCAUAAGUAUGUUCCUAAAUUGCCAGCUUACGGUUCGAAAAAUGGGUUAGGCAACUUCAUAAGACUUCAGACAAGCAUCAAGUUGGGUGACCUCUCAAAUUAUUCAGUCUUUAACCUUUCUACUCAUUCUGGUACACACGUUGAUGCUCCUGGACAUUUCAAUGAGACUCUUUUCGAGCUCGGUUACGAUGUCGUUUCGCUUGAUCUCCGAACCUUAAACGGUCCUGUUCUUGUAGUGGACACUCCACGGGACAAGAAUAUUACAG